AUGGCUGGGAGCGACCAACGUCCGGUGUCACCGGACAGCGGAGUGCAGGCCCAAUCUGCAGCUUCAAGGCCGCUGGAGCAUGGGCUUGUGCACGCAUUGCAACCUGUCCUGCGACCAGGACACGGAGUGGCUGGAAGCGUGAGCUACGAUGGCACCUGGGUGCCUGACCCGGGAUCUCUGCAAGGCAAGCUCGGAUUCCUGGUGCCUGACACCGUCAUCCUGGAAAAGGGAAAGCCGAAGCGGAGGUAUCACAUCGACGCCGCGGGCCGCAUCCAGGUCACGCGGAUGAAGACCUCGGCAGAGCUUCUGCGGGUGUUGCGGGACUUCGUCCGGAAGGCUAUCAAGCCCAGGGAAUCUCCCAGCCGGCAAGACAGCAAAGACAGCAAGGACAGCAAGGUCUUGGCCGGCAGCAGAUCUGAAGGUUCCUUGCAGGCCGGUGCUGGGUGCAUGUCCACUUCAGUCGGGAUGGCCGCCCUGGACAACCGGGCAUCCAGCGGAGGCCCUUUGUCGGUGCCAAUUCCGCAAGUGGAGGUCGCGGUGCUGUGCUACGACGACGGCCUGUCUCGACUCAUGAUGCUUGCGGAGGCUGUGAGCCAGAUCCGGGGCGCCAGCAAGUUGCCACGGGAGCUCACCUCUCAGACCCCUUUGGAUGUUCAAAGCCGGCCCCCCAGUGGUGCAGGAAGCUGCACGGAUUGCUGCUGCCUUCUGACCUUCGCGGCUGUGCUGGGCGGAUUGGGCUUCUGCAUCUAUACGGCCUAUUCGCAGGGUGACAUUCAAAGGCUGCAGUCCCUUCCGGACUACCAGGGCACUCAAUGCGUCGAGAAGUUCGUGUUCUUUCCGCAAGAUGAGGGUGGAUUGAACUUGCAGAGGCAAGUUUGUGUGGAUGCGUGCCCGACAGCUCAGGGUGAGCAGGUGACCACCUACCUCGUCCCCGAACGGCGGCUUGCAGGAAGCCUGGUUGCUGCCACGGAGCUGGGGCAGCAGGGUGCCGGCGUUGCCGAGACCGACAGCCUUCUCUUCGGAUCAAACGAGGCCCCGCAAGUCCAGCAGCCUCAGCAGACCAUUGAUGCCGGGAACCUCCUUGCGCCAACAGCUGCGCCAACAGCUGCCCCAGCAGGAACUUCGGCGCCACUGCUCGCGGCCCCCGUGGCCGCUGCCCCCGCGGGCACGCAGGAGCAGACACUUGUGGGAUAUCCGACGAUUCCGGUGGCGGGCGUCCUCUGCUUUCCGAAGAUCGGUUCCUAUGAAGGACAAAUCGUAGGCCUCCAAGGGAGCAACGCGCUCUUCACGGCGGCCCUGGAGGUAAACAAUCUCUCGCAGAAUGUGGAGGUCCUCCUCAUGGCUGGGGUAUUGGCGCUCAUCCUGGCCUUUGUGUUCCUUUGCCUGGUUGAAUACUUCGGCUUGUUUCUGGUGCGGAUAUGCGUUGCCGUGCUGGUCACUGCUCCUGCUGCCUUGGGUCUCUACUUCCUGCAGCUGUGGUAUCAGGACGAGAUGUCCCCUGUUGGGACACAGAUCGCGUCGAUGAGUCAGGGCUACAUCAACGAUGCACAAGGACUUCUGGUAGCCGGAACUCUUGGCGUGGGCAUGUCGGUCAUCUUCGGCCUGGUGGCUUGCUGCAGCUGCUCCUCCGUCUUGAAGGCAACAGAAGCAGCCCAAGAGGCAGCAGACUGCCUGAUGACGAUGCCGAGCCUUCUGCUCGAGCCUAUGAUCAGUCUGAUCCUGAAGGUGCCAUUUUUUGUCGGCGGGGUGGUCCUUUUCCUCGUGCUCGUUACUUCUGGAGACUUCACUUCCGUGGACCUGACGAAGCCUUCCAGCCUCUUUAAUCCGGAUGAUCUGGCCCUGACCUGUGCAGUCUAUGAGGCUUUCGUGUUCUUGUGGUUCAUGGAAGUCCUGCACUACAUCUCCGUCUUUGUGGUGAUUUACACCGCUGAAGUGUGGUAUUUCAAGCAUUACGGGACAUCGCGUACCAACUUUUGCGGCGCCUGCGGGCCGACCGUGAUGCUUCAAGCCUAUAUCGCGGCGAUCACCAAGCACCUGGGCUCCCUGAUCUACGCAGCUCUCUUGAUCGUUCUUCUGCGAGUGGCGCGCUGGGUUGUGAAAGCCAUCUUGAGUACGCAGGAGAUUCUGGACACCAACCCGCUCACGGCCUGCAUCUCCAAGGCUCUCCAGUACUUGACGGCCGCCUGCCUGGGCUGCGUCCAGCGUAUCUUGGACCUGACAAGCCAGGUUGCCUUGAUGGACAUCGCUUACCACGGCGACCAGGGCUUCUGUGGCGCCUUAGAGCAUUCGCUGGAGGUGAUCUUUUCGGAUCGGUCGACUUGGGCAGCAGUCGAAGGCAUUUGCUACGUCUUCGUUGCCCUCGGCAUAGCUGGGAUUGGUGCGGGCACAUGCGUGAUUAUGUACGUCUGCCCCUCAGAUUUCGCACGAGCUCUUGCAGCUCAGAGUUCCGCUCUCUGGUCUCAGCAACCUCUGGUCGUUCCAUCACCUACCAAGAUGAUCACAAGCACGGUCACCCGCUACACGGAGCGCUUGCUGUGUUGGUUCGCGGCUCCAAGCUGCUGUCAUGCCUUGUGA